GUAUAUUUAUCCAAUUGUCUAAUCGUGCUAUUAUUAUCCUGGUUUGUCGGUCAAUGGAUUAAUCAAUUUUUAUGGCCAAACAGUAUGAUAAAGUCCACGGGUAAGGCAGUAAUUAUAACCGGAUGUGACAGUGGUUUUGGCAAUGGACUGGCCUACGAGCUUAAUUGUCUGGGUUUCUACACCAUUGCAUGUUGUUUUAAUCCCGAUGCCGAUGGUGUCAAACAAUUGCUAAAUAGAUGUGUAUUUCGGGACAAACUAUCGAUAAUACAGUUGGACAUCACCGAUGAGAUACAAAUUGAUGAAACAUAUGAAAAAAUAUUGCGUCUAUUGAAUAAUAAUGAACUACAAUUGUGGUCAGUGGUCAACAAUGCCGGUGUUUUUUCUAUUGGAUUUGCUGAAUGGGGUCAAGGAGUGGACAGUUAUCGCAAAGCAUUAGAUGUUAAUGUAUUGGGAACUUUACGUAUGACUAAAAAAUAUUUGCCAUUAUUGCGACAAUCAAAGGGACGGGUAAUUAAUGUGCUUAGUGUGGCCUCUCGUCUAGCCGUUGAAGGUUACGGACCAUAUUGUGUAUCUAAAUAUGGUUUACUGGGUUUUACUGAUUCAUUGAGAAGAGAAAUGUUACGAUUUGGUGUACAUGUGGUCAGUAUUGAGCCCUCUUGUUAUAGAACACCUCUUUCUCAUAUUGAAACUGUGGAGUCAAUGAUAGACAGUGUGUGGUCACAGACCCCGAGUCACAUACGACAGGCAUAUGGAGACCAAGUAUUUGAAAAGUUUAAAUCUUCGUACGCUUUUCAAGUCCGCAGAGCUCGAGACCCGAUAGAAGUUAUCAAUACUAUGGUUGAAGCCAUUAGUGUCGCGCAUCCGAAACCCAGAUAUAGAUGUAGCGGACAGUUAGCCGCGUUUAUCAUGUCUUUAGCCGAACUCUUACCGAUUCAAGUAUUUGAUAGCUUAUGGCAUCUAAUCAACAAAUUUGAAGUCAUUUCCAAAUAA